CCCGGGGGGCGCGGCGGCGGGAUUGCACCAUGGGGAACCAGGAUGGGAAGCUCAAGAGGAGCGCAGGUGACGCUCCGCCCGAAGGCGGCGGCGCGGAGGAUGCCGCGGGGCCCAGGGAUGCGGAAACCACAAAGAAGGGGAGCGCGAGCAAGAAGGCGCUGGGCAAGCACCACGGCAAGGGGACCGGGGCCGGGGGCGGCGAGUCCGGCAAGAAGAAGAGCAAGUCCGAUUCCAGAGCCUCGGUGUUUUCCAACCUGCGGAUCCGCAAGAACCUGAGCAAGGGGAAAGGGGCCGGCGACUCCCGCGAGGACGCGCUGGACUCGCAGGCCCUGCAGGUCGGAGAGCUGGACAGCGCUCACUCCGUGGUCACCAAGACUCCGGACCUCAGCCUGUCCGCCGAGGAGACCGGCCUGUCGGAUACGGAGUGUGCGGACCCUUUCGAGGUGACCCAUGCAGGGGGGCCGAGGCCCGCCGAGGCUGGGGUACGAGUCCAGGCCGUCGCAGAGGAUCUGGAAACUGCGGCCGGGACCCAGGAUGGACAAAGGACCAGCUCCGGCUCGGACACGGACAUCUACAGCUUUCACUCGGCUACGGAGCAAGAGGAUUUGCUCUCAGACAUCCAGCAGGCGAUUCGCCUGCAGCAGCAGAAGCUGCAGCUCCAGGACUCCGGGGAGGAGCCUGCAGCGCCCCCCGCUGCCACCUCGCCACAGCCCGGGGCCUUCCUGGGCCUGGACCAGUUCCUGCUGGGAUCGAGCGGCGGGGCCCCGGACCCUGGUCUGGACACUGGGCAGGCUCCGUCCACGCGGGUCGACUUGCCCGAGACCACCCCCAAGCCCCCGGCCCCCGAGCGUCCGCCGUCCCCCGCAGGCCGCCUGGCCUCCGAGGCUCCAUCUGCGGUCACGGACUCGCUGUCGUGCGCAGCCUUCGCGUUUCCCGAUGCCGGGGCAGGGGAGGGCGCGGCGGGAGUGCCAGGCGAUGGGGACACGGACGAGGAGGUCGAGGAAGAUGCUUUUGAGGAUGCGACCCGAGGAUCCCCGGGGGAGGAGUGGGGCCCGGAGGUGGGUGAUGCUCCGCGGAGGCGGGAGGAGGAAGCCCAGGAGCGGACGCGUGGGCACGAGGUCCCUGCUGUCACCUCCCUGCCCGGCAGCCCGGCGCCCAGCCCCCGCUGCUUCAAGCCUUACCCGCUCAUCACCCCCUGCUACAUCAAGACCACCACCCGGCAGCUCAGCUCGCCCAAUCACUCCCCGUCUGCGUCCCCCAACCAGAGCCCCAGGAUCAAGAAGCGACCCGAGCCCUCCGCGAGCCGGAGCCCUAGAACUGCUUCGCCCCCGGCCGCAGCCCAGGCGGGGAAGCAGCGGCCGGAGGGCGGCCUGGCGGCGGGGCUCAGCCGCUCGGCGGACUGGACGGAGGAGCUGGGCGCCCGCACGCCGGGGCCCGGAGGCUCCGCGCACCUGCUGGGGAGCGGGGAGGCCGCGGACGGCGGCGGCGGGUCCCCAGCGUUGGCCACCAAGGCGUCUGGGGCCCCGGCUGCGGCGGAUGGUUUCCAGAACGUAUUCACAGGGAGGACUCUGCUGGAGAAGCUGUUCAGCCAGCAGGAGAACGGGCCCCCCGAGGAGGCCGAGAAGCUGUGCUCGCGGAUCAUCGCCAUGGGCCUGCUGCUCCCGUUCGGCGACUGCUUCCGGGAGCCCCGCCAGCGCGGCGCGGGCUCGCGCUCGGCGCCCUUCGACCAAGAUCAACUUUACACCUGGGCUGCAGUUAGUCAACCCACACACUCGAUGGAUUACAACGAAGGGCAGUUUCCCAGGCGAGCACCAUCUGUGUGGCCACUGUCGAGACAUCCCGAUGAAGAACACAGUCCCAAGGAUGUGGAAACAGAACUUCAAGCCUCUGCUUUGGAAAGUACGGAAAAAGGCUCAAGUGCUAUCCUUCAGGACGUUUCUGACGUGAAGUCUGAAGGGCAGGCAACUGUAAUUCAGCAACUGGAGCAGACUAUUGAGGAUCUGAGGACCAAAAUAGCUGCACUAGAGAAGCAGUACCCUGCCCUAGACAGAGAGGGCGCUAGCUGCUCUCAGGGGAGUGAUAACAGACGGAGAGGCCUGGACGAUGUCACUCUAGAAGGUCUGAGAGGAGGUGGGAAGGACAAACUGCCUGAAAGGAUCCUUGAAGCGAAAUCAAUACAGACUUCCCCAACUGAGGAGGGCCGGAGUCUGACACCAUCGCCUCUGAAUGCUCUGCCUGAGGGUCUCCCAUGCCUACCCAGCACUGAAAGUGGAGAACCUGUUGUUCCACCAUCACCUUCUGGUCCUCAGACAAAAUUCUGUUCAGAGAUCUCUCUGAUUGUGUCUCCACGGCGAAUAUCGGUACAGCUGGACAGCCAUCAGUCCAAACAGAGCAUCUCACAACCACCACCACCUCCAUUCCUUCCAGGAUCUGAUGGUCAAGGAAAGCCUGGGUUACAGCCGUCCUACCCUUCUAUUCAUACCGAGUUUGAAACCAGCCAUGUACAUACUGUGUCUUCCUCCUUUGAAAAUAGCUGUAAUAUCCCACUUGCACCACCUCUGCCUUGUACAGAGUCCUCCGCCCCCAUGCCUGGCCUGGGCAUGGAGACUCCCCCACCUCCUUGUCUUUCUGACAAAACAGUGCCUGAUCUGCCCAGCACCACAGUACUCCCACCUCCUCCUCAGCCAGGUUCUGAAAUGCUGCCACCCUCCCCCCCUCCACUUCCUGGACUGGGUAUAUCUUCUCCUCCUCCUUUUCCUGGAGUGGGAAUUCCUCCUCCUCCUCCUCUCCCAGGAAUGGGAAUACCUCCUCCUCCUCCUCCUCCUCCUCCUCCUCUCCCAGGCAUGGGAAUACCUCCUCCCCCACCUCUCCCAGGAAUGGGAAUUCCUCCUCCCCCUCCUCUUCCUGGAGUAGGAAUACUGCCUCCCCCUCCUCUCCCAGGAAUGGGAAUACCUCCUCCCCCUCCUCUACCAGGAAUGGGAAUACCCCCUCCCCCUCCUCUCCCUGGAGUGGGAAUACCCCCGCCCCCUCCUCUCCCUGGAGUAGGAAUACCCCCGCCCCCUCCUCUCCCUGGAGUAGGAAUACCCCCUCCCCCUCCUCUCCCUGGAGUAGGAAUACCCCCUCCCCCUCCUCUCCCUGGAGUAGGAAUACCUCCUCCCCCUCCUCUCCCUGGAGUAGGAAUACCUCCUCCCCCUCCUCUCCCUGGAGUAGGAAUACCCCCUCCCCCUCCUCUCCCAGGACUUGGGAUUCCUCCACCUCCUCCUUUGCCUGGCAUGGGGGUUCCACCAGCCCCAGGCCCCUCUCCCCCUCUACCUGGGACAGGCAUCCCACCACCACCUCCACCACCUCUGCCACCUGGAUCAGGUCCCUCACUCUCAGAAGCUGGGAGUGGCACUUUCACAGCACCACAGGUGUGUGGAUUUACUAUUCCUCCAUUGCCAGUUGGAUUGUUUGGAUUAGGGAUAAAUCAGGACAGAGGCGCUCGGAAGCAGCCAAUCGAGCCUUGUCGGCCAAUGAAGCCUCUCUAUUGGACAAGAAUUCAACUCCAUAGUAAAAGAGACUCCAGCACCUCUCUCAUUUGGGAAAAAAUUGAAGAGCCAUCCAUAGAUUGCCAUGAAUUUGAAGAAUUGUUUUCUAAAACUGCUGUAAAGGAGAGAAAGAAACCAAUUUCUGAUACCAUUUCAAAGACGAAGUCUAAACAAGUUGUCAAGCUACUGAGCAACAAAAGGUCCCAGGCUGUUGGAAUUUUAAUGUCCAGUCUCCAUUUAGACAUGAAGGACAUACAGCAUGCUGUUGUGAACUUGGACAACUCUGUGGUUGACCUGGAGACCCUUCAAGCUCUCUAUGAGAAUAGAGCACAGUCAGAUGAACUGGAAAAAAUUGAGAAGCACAGCCGGUCCUCCAAAGACAAGGAAAACGCCAAGUCCUUGGACAAACCCGAGCAGUUCCUUUAUGAGUUGUCACUGAUCCCCAACUUCUCAGAGCGGGUCUUUUGCAUCCUCUUCCAGUCCACGUUUUCAGAGAGCAUCUGUUCUAUUCGUCGCAAACUGGAAUUGCUUCAGAAAUUGUGUGAGACAUUAAAAAAUGGCCCAGGGGUUAUGCAGGUUCUGGGCUUGGUUCUUGCCUUUGGAAACUACAUGAAUGCCGGAAAUAAGACACGAGGACAAGCAGACGGCUUUGGAUUAGACAUUCUCCCAAAGCUGAAAGAUGUCAAAAGCAGUGACAACAGCAGAAGCCUUUUGUCGUAUAUUGUUUCUUAUUAUCUGCGCCAUUUCGAUGAGGAUGCUGGGAAGGAGCAGUGUGUCUUCCCCCUGCCAGAGCCACAGGAGCUUUUCCAGGCCACACAGAUGAAGUUUGAAGACUUUCAGAAAGAUCUCCGAAAACUAAAGAAAGACCUGAAAGCCUGUGAGGUGGAAGCAGGAAAGGUGUACCAGGUCUCAUCCGAGGAGCACAUGCAGCCCUUCAGAGAAAAUAUGGAGCAGUUCAUCAGUCAAGCUAAAAUAGACCAAGAAUCACAGGAGACUGCCCUGACAGAGACUCAUAAAUGUUUUUUGGAGACUACGGCCUACUACUUCAUGAAACCAAAACUUGGAGAGAAGGAGGUGUCCCCAAAUGUUUUCUUCAGUAUCUGGCAUGAAUUCAGCUCUGACUUUAAAGACUUCUGGAAGAAAGAGAACAAACUUAUUCUGCAAGAAAGAGUGAAAGAAGCUGAAGAAGUGUGUAGGCAGAAGAAAGGGAAAUCACUUUAUAAAAUAAAACCAAGACAUGACUCUGGAAUUAAAGCAAAGAUAAGCAUGAAGACAUGAACAGUGAACCACAGGAAGAAAAGCAAUCAUCACGAACCUCCACGGCAUUCACCUGACCAAGGGCGGGAAGGAAGCUACAGCGUUCUGAUCAUUUUUCCUCUUAACCUCGUGCAUAAUUCUCGUAUUUUCUAGACAGUUUGUCACUUGUUGAAUUUUACUGUAUGUUCAUUUAAAAAUGCAAAAGAAGUAGACCUGUGAAGAAUCUGACACCCUUUUCUUUGUAUAAAAGUCUAUGGUAUUCUAUGGAUAGCCCCAACAGCAUGUAUUAAGAGGGAAUAUCUGCAUUGAUUCUGAAAUGCUGCAUAUUGACCCACAGUCGACCCCUGUGUGACCCCUUGUCACAGCAGAACCACUUCCCUUGCUAUGGAAAACCAGAUUGUCGAUGCAUUUAGAUUUAUGGGUAAAUGUUAUUUCUGGUGAAUUGUUUGUAUCCACUUUACAUCUACUUACAGAGGUUCUACUUUAAAGAGCAGGCAUCACUUAGAUACCAUUAUCAGUGCUUUCUAUAGUAUCUCCCCUGAGACCCUAUGAAAAGCUAGUGUACAGUGGAGGUAAGUGAAACCAAAAUGUAUGCCUCUGUAUCUUUUAUUGUGGUACUUAAAAAAAUAGUUCCAGUUGAUAUUUUGAAGGAAUUUAAAAACUGACACUUGUGGAAUUGUCAGAUUUUUUUGCUGACUAAUUGUCACAAAAUUCAAAAAGGAAGGCAUUUGCAUGGAAAGCAUCUACUUAAACCCUUUUAAGAAAGAAAAAAAGAAAAAGAAAAAACCUCCGUGCAUAUGUGGCGUAAAAUAAGGAUGCAGUCACUCUCUGUCUACAGGACUCUAGGAAAGGAAUUUUAUUUAUUCUGCUUUCAGGAAAAAUAAGGAAGCUUCCCACUUUCUCUGAGGAAUUAUUUUAAAGUUAGCUCAUAAUGCACUAUGGUGAGUUUGCAUAACAUUAAUAGUUACUCUUUUUUUUUUUUUU